AUGGACAUGGACGUCGAGAUGGAAACCACCGACGUGAUCAUAUGCGGCUGUGGACCAACGGGGGCACUCCUCAGCGCGCUCCUGGGCCGGAAAUCGACCAAGAACACUGUUUUGGAGCGCGAAAUGGAAGUCGUCACGGAUCCACGAGGCAUCGCCCUCGACGAAGACGGAAUCCGGCUCCUCCAGGAGGUCGACCUCUACGACAAAGUGUACAGCGAGAUAGGGGAGCCGAUUUCGCACGUCUGGUUCACUUCCGGCAAGGACGGCCUGAAGACCAAGCCGUUCAUGCACAUGGACAUGUCCACGACCGAAGGCGGCAGCGGCCAUGUCGGCGGCAUCUGUCACAGGCAGCCGGUCAUGGAGAAGUACCUGCGGCAGUCUGCCGUGGCGUGCGCGCCGACGUCGGAACUGAGACUGGGCUGCACCAUUACCCAGAUCGAGGAGGACGAGGACCACGUCCGGGUCAAGUACACGGACGACUCUCUCGGCGGCGUGGAGAAAUGGAUCAAGGGCAAGUUCCUCGUCGGCGCCGACGGCAAGACGGGGUUCACCAGAAAAAUGUACCUGGAGAAGAGAGGGGUGGUGCUGGAAUCUCUCCCUGGGUACGAGUAUCAGGAGACAUGGGUCGCUGUGAAUUAUCACAUGGACCUUCCUACCCCCGAGACGCACCCUGACUUCCCACUAUGGAAGCUCGGAUACACGCCGCAGGGGGUCUACGAUGCCUUCUUCCCCGUACAUUUCAGAUUCAUUGGAAACCCGGACCGACCGUCUGUAUGUGGGACGUUUGGGCUGAGGAAGGAACGACUCUGGCGGUUCGAGUACGUCGUCGACAAAGCCAAGGGAGAGGACCCGGUCGAGAUGGCGACCUACGAUAAGAUGGCUGCAGUGAUUUUUCCCUAUCUCACUCACCCGGGCAAGACGUAUGGGCUCGAAAGCCCCGUCCAGUACCCCGUCGACUGCAUACACGUGUUGAGGUCGAGACCAUUUUCGUUUUCUGCCCGCAGUUGCAACAAGUGGUCAGUGGGAAGGGUGGUGUUAUGCGGCGAUGCAGCGCACGUCAUGCCUCCAUUUGGCGGACAGGGCAUUGCAUCUGGGUUCAGAGACGCAUCGGGGAUCGCGUGGAGACUUGUCCUGGCAUGCCGACCACCGGCACAAGGUGGUCUGGUAUCCAAGCCGGGCUCUACCUCGACGUACCACGAGCGCCUGUUUAGUGGGUGGUGUCUGGAGCGCAAGCAGCAACUCGACAUCUCCAUCGCAUCGACCGUGGCGAACGGCGAGCUCACGACAGCCCGCAACCCGAUCAAGGUUUUUGUGAGGGACUGGAUCCUGUGGUUCAUGCAGCUCAUCCCGAGCCUCAGACGGAAACUCGAGCUCGGCCCGCGAAGCGAGGGGAUGGUUCGGUACAAGUACGUUGACGGCAUGGCUUUUCUCCCUGAUCUGUUUGGUGGACGGCAGCUACCGCAGGUAUACUGUAGGGCGGUGGGAAUAAUCUCCUCGUCGUCGUCGUCGUCCUCCUCCUCCACCACCUCAAGUCGAGGGGAAACUGAUCGUGUCGGUGCCGUCGGCGAGGUCGAGUUCACCGACGACGUCAUCUUCCGGCCCGAGUCGCUUUCGUCUCUGAGAUUACUCGUCCUCGUGGACGCGCUGAGCGACGUGGCGAAGGCGCGCGACGAGCUGAGCCAGUUGAACAUCGAGCACCUGUCCAACAACGAAGUCAAGAUGAGCGAAGUGUGUUAUCUCGUCAUGUCUAGUGCUGGCUGUUCCGACUCUACCGGUGUUGACGUCAAGGCCGGUACCAAAUCGUCAGCAGCACAGGGAGUCAACGGCAACGUCCACAGCAACGGUAACGGUAACGGUGCCAUUGUAACGGAGUCCACGGACCAGAACAAGACGAAGAAGAAGGAGGAGGAGGAGGAGGAGGAUAUGGUGUUGACGACGAUGCAAAACAAAAGAGUCUACCGCAUCGCGACGGGCGACGAGUUCGCGGCGUGUCGUCUCUGCCGCAACCGCCCGCCGCCGACCGGGUACGACAUGCUUCGGGUCCGCGCCGAGGUGGGAGGCCGGAAGUACGUCCUGGUCCGGCCCGACAGGUUCACGUUCGCGGCGUGCCGGUCGGGCGCGGAGUUGGCGGGUGCCUGCGGGAGGAUAGCCGGUGUCUUGUUCGGCACGCCUUGA